AGUUCGCGCAGGCGGUGGCCGACCUCGCCGCCCGCCCGCAGAGCAUCGACACUCUCCAAAGUGCAGUUGUAGUGGAUCCAGUGCGGAGAGUGGCUUUCCCAAAGGCUUGAUGACAUUGUGGUGCCUGAUGAAGGGAAGAAGGAGACUGGAGGAAAGUACAAGAGAGAUGACAGAGAGGGAGAAAAUAAAUGCAGCUAAAGCUGGAGGACUGACUGUUUUUGUAACUCAAUCAAGUGAAAGCUCAGCUAUUCCAGGAUACCUCCUCUUCUCAGUCUCUUGGCCUGUCUGGAGAUUUGCAAGUGUAGUGUGUUUGCUGAGACCUCUUUUGAUGGAUGUCAUCCCAAGUAUUCGACAGACCAGUGCCUUGGCUCUUGGGAGACUUGGUGAUUAUGAUGUGAAGCUGGCAGAGGCAAUUGUGAAGGCAGGCAUUCUUCCACAGCUCAUAUGUUCAUUGCCUGAGGAGAAUCGUUACUACAAGAAAACAGCUGCAUUUGUGCUAAGAGCAAUUGCUAAACAUUCUCCACAACUAGCUCAGGCAAUAGUUCAAUGUGGAGCACUGGAAAUGCUGGUGAUUUGCUUGGAAGAUUUUGACCCUGGAGUCAAAGAAGGUGCAUCUUGGGCAUUGGGGUAUAUUGCCCGACACAAUCCAGAACUGUCACAAGCUGUGGUGGAUGCAGGCGCUGUUCCUCUUUUAGUGCUCUGUAUCCAGGAGCCAGAAAUUGCUUUGAAAAGGAUUGCUGCUUCAACUCUCAGUGAUAUUUCAAAGCAUUCUCCAGAGUUAGCACAGACAGUAGUGGAUGCAGGAGCUAUCGCUCACUUAGCUCAGAUGAUCUCGAACCCUGAUGCUAAACUGAAGCGUCAGGUGCUGUCAGCUCUAAGCCAAAUAGCAAAGCAUUCAGUGGAUCUUGCAGAGUUGGUGGUUGAAGCAGAAAUUUUCCCAGUUGUGCUCACAUGCCUGACGGACUCAGAUGAAUAUGUCAAGAAAAAUGGUGCAACUUUAAUUAGAGAGAUAGCAAAGCAUACGCCUGAGCUUUCACAGUUUAUAGUAAAUUCAGGUGGAGUUGCUGCUGUGAUUGAUUGUAUUGGCAGCUGCAAAGGGACUGUCAGACUGCCUGGCAUCAUGACACUUGGUUAUGUGGCAGCUCAUUCGGAGAACCUGUCAAUGGCAGUGAUUGUCUCCAAGGGAAUACCACCACUGUGUGUCUGCUUGAUAGAAGAACAUGAAGAUCAUAUUAAGGCAGCAGCUGCUUGGGCCUUGGGACAGAUUGGAAGACACAGUGCUGAGCACGCACGUCAUGUUGCAGUAGCAAACGUGCUGCCCACGCUGCUCGAUGUCUUUAUGGACACACACAGCUCAGAAGAUCUUAAAAUGAAAACUAAGAAAGCUUUAAAGAACAUUCUUCAGAAAUGCACGCAUUUUCCAGCACUUGAACCACUGCUUCAUGACGCCCCUCCCAGUAUUAUGAAGUAUAUUAUUGGGCAGUUUAGUAAGGUGUUACCACAUGACAGUAAAGCACGUCGUCUCUUUGUAACAACUGGUGGACUUAAAAAGGUUCAAGAAAUAAAAGCAGAACCUGGGUCACUUCUUCAGGAAUAUAUCAACACUAUUAACAAUUGCUAUCCAGAGGAAAUAGUAAGGUAUUAUUCCCCUGGAUAUUCUGAGAUGCUUCUUGAAAGGGUGGAAAAUUACCAACCAGUUUUAUAAACUUCAGUGUUUUAUUAGAGCUGCAUUUCACAUUUAUGCCUUUAUGACUGUAAUACAAAUACAGCUGUUGAAAGCCUUGCUUGAUUCUCAAA